AUGAUCUCGUCUUACGCCGGAAGUUCGCGCGCUCCAAGACCGCAGGCUCAGCAGCGAAUGCCUUCGCGAGCGCAAGCGCAACCGGGUGUCAAUGCAAUACGAUAUCAUACUUUGGAUGAUGUCGAAGACUACGUAACCCGGGCAAACAUUGAGCGCAUCCAAGAGGUCUUGGGGGAAGAAAGCGUUCAGCGCUGUUACGAUGCGCUUGUCAAGACCAAGAACAAUGUCGAACAGGCAAAGACCUGGCUGGUGGACACCUACGAUCGACCGGACGAGGACCGCGAUGAGUUGGGCUCGCAACCUUCGCGUCCGGCAGCGAAGCAAGAGAUCAAGGCCCCGACGCAGAGCAUCGCGCAGCGAUACGCCGGUUCGACCCAGGCUGCAGUCAAGACUUCGAAGCUGGGUCCGCAGCCUGAAGUUUCGCAAGCAGCAGACGAAGCCGAGGACGAGGAUCAGGUCAAGCCUCGUCGUAGACUGCUGCAAGGCCGUAAGCCGCGCUUACAAUCUCCGCCUUCGUCUCCGUCUACUCUGCCACAGAAGCUGCCGCAGCCUAGACGUCGCGAGGAAGCAAAGCGGCAGACUGUUGUUAUCAGCGAUGACGACGAUGACGCCGCCUACACUGCUGUGCGCCGCAACAGGAGCGAGGAUGUUGAGAAGCCUUCCGAGCGGGAGGAGCUGGCGUUCGAGAAGCGCCUGCUUGAAUUCUUUAACACCUGUACCCCACGGGAUCUCGCCGAGCUGUCCGCGCAGCCAGAGUCGACAGCGGAAAUCGUGCUGGCGAAGCGGCCAUUUCGUAGCAUUGCACAGGUCGAAGCAGUCAGUAGCGUACCGGCAGAGACGAAGACUGGCCGGAAGUCCAAAGCAAGACCGGUUGGAGAGAAGCUUGUCGAGGUCUGCCGUCAGAUGCUUGCAGGGUAUGAAGCCGUCGACGAGCUUGUCAAUGACUGCGAACAGAUUGCAAGGCCAAUCCAAGAGGCUUUGCAAAGUUGGACGGGGAAGAAAGCGAGAGCUACCGCCGGGGAGCUGGAACUCAUGAAUCUGGACGAUGCACACGACUCCGGUAUUGGCACGCCUCUUACGUCCGACGGUUCGGACGACGCUCAGGGCUCUGCCAACAGGUCCAAGUCGAAGCAGAACCAGAGUGUCUUCCUCAAACAGCCGGCGAAUAUGUCUAUAGACUUGCAGCUGAAGGACUACCAGGUUGUCGGAUUGAACUGGCUGAACCUCUUGUGGCAGAAGCGCAUCUCGUGCAUCCUGGCUGACGAUAUGGGGCUUGGCAAGACCUGCCAGGUCAUUGCCUUCUUAGCACACCUUCAGCAACAAGCAGUGGAUGGCGUGCAUCUGGUUAUCGUGCCAGGUUCGACUCUCGAGAACUGGCUGCGGGAGUUUGCUCGCUUUGCGCCUUCACUCAAUGUAUUCCCGUACUACGGCAGCGACAAGGAGCGCCCGGAUCUACGCGACCAGAUCGAGGAUCAGUUCGAUACGCUCGACGUCAUUGUAACGACGUACGAGGUCGCCAGGAGCAUGGACGACAACAGGUUUCUCCGCAAAAGCGUACAACCGGCCGUGUGCGUGUUUGAUGAGGCGCACCAGCUUCGGAAUCCGUUUUCGCAACGCUACGAGCAGCUCGCGAAGAUCCCCGCUGACUUCCGCUUACUGUUGACUGGAACACCGCUGCAGAACAAUCUGCAGGAACUUGUUGCUAUCCUAGCGUUCAUCAUGCCCGAGCUCUUCCAGGAGAAGCGAGAGAAGCUGGAUUUUAUCUUCAAGGCGAAGGCUAGCACCAAAGACGCCGACCACGCGGCAUUGCUCUCCGCCGAGCGCAUCUCCCGGGCACGCACGAUGAUGACGCCGUUCAUACUCCGGAGGAAGAAGGCGCAGGUCCUUGAUUUGCCCGCUAAGCACAGCCGCGUGGAGUGGUGUGACAUGACUCCUGCGCAGGCUGCGUACUACCAUGAAGUGGUGUCGGAGGCGCAAGAAGUGCUGAGCGCUGGCGGCGUGAAGGCUGCGAAGGCUCGCGCAAGCUCGAACAUCAUCAUGGCUCUACGUCAAGCAGCUAUACAUCCGCUGCUGCGGCGCCGUCUGUACACGGACAAGAAGAUCGAGAAGAUCGUGGCGGAGCUGCGGAAGCACGACGAAUUCCGCGAGAACCCUGCGGACAAGAUCCGAGCGUACUUGACUAGCGAGGCCAAUACAGGCCAGAAUCUCAAAGGCGGCGACUUUGCGAUACACCGGUUCUGCGAAGCGCGGCCGUACCUCCACCGAUUCGCGUUGAAGAAGACGGAAUGGAUGGACUCAGGUAAAGUCCGGAAAUUCAAGGAGCUUAUGGAGGCCUACAUGGGGAACGGUGACCGCGUUCUGGUAUUCUCGCAGUUUACCACUGUGAUGGACAUACUCGAAGCCGUCCUCAGCACCCUGGACAUCAACUUUAUGCGGCUCGACGGAAGCACGAAGAUGGACGUUCGUCAGAGCAUGAUCGACCAAUUCACGAAUACCGACAUCCCAGUGUUCAUGCUCUCUACGAAAGCCGGGGGCGCCGGCAUCAACCUAGCUGCCGCGAAUAAGGUCAUCAUCUUCGACUCCGGCUUCAACCCUCAGGACGAUAUCCAGGCGGAGAACCGCGCUCAUCGCGUCGGGCAAACAAGAGACGUAGAGGUUGUGCGGCUUGUGACUCGCGGCACGAUCGAAGAGCAGAUCCAUGCUCUAGGCGAGUCGAAGCUGGCGCUGGAUGAACGUGUGGCGGGCGAAGGUGCAGAAGAGGGGAAGCAGGCGGAAAAGCAGGGCGAGCAGAUGGUGCGGGAGAUGUUCUUGGAUAGUCUCAACCAGGAUAAGGAGCACACCAAGCUGGAGGCAAGCGGUAACGCUGGCGCUGAUUUGAAGGAGAUGUUCAAGGCGGGUAUGGAGGGUGCCGGUCAGCGGAUUGUGAGUAAGCAGGCUCAGUUCUAG